AACAAAUUGAGGAUGCGAUAUACAUAUACACACACGUCACAACAACUCUGUUCAAUCCCUUCUCCAAUAACAACUAUAACAAGAAAUACUAUAACCCAUUCUCCUUACAACAUCUUGUUCCUUAUUAACAUGUCGAAUUAACAUGUCGAAACCAGCACAACUCAUUCUCCAUUAAAUUGAAGCUUAUAAUUUACCUCUGAAUUUGUUGUGUUUCUUAACAAUUUAUUGUUGAGAAAGAUGAAUGUUUUGGGAUAAACAUGUCAGAAUUCACAAAAGAAUUAUAAUAGGUUUGUGGUGAAGAAAAAUUAAUUAGUUUCAGAUCUCACGGCAUAGAUGGAAGCAAUGAAGUUGUUUGAAAUUUAUUUUAUUUUCGAAAAACCCAUGUCACUAGUUGCAAAAAAAAAAAAGUCUCAAGGGGUAAUUAGCACGUGAGAUGCACUGCCGUUCGUAACAUAUAGCAGUGCUGAUAUAUAUAUAUAUAUAUAUCUUCACCUGAUCAAUUUUCGGAGUUGGUUUUCUAUCGUCUUUUUAUUUCGCUCUUCACCGCCCUGCCGUUUGACAUCAAAAAAUGGCACGUUGUCCUGCAAAAAAGCCAAAUCCUCCUCGUCGCCGUGGCCAGGAGUUUGCCGUUGUUACUCCUAAUCAGGUUUUUGAUGCCGAUUUUUCGCGAAAAUACAACGUAUCAUUUAAGCCGGUUUCUUAUGACAACGAUCCUAGCGAGUCUGAUAGGCUAAAGAAAUGUUCCGCUUUGGCCAUAGCGAAUUAUAAUAUGCUAAAGGGUACAAACUACCAAGUUGUCAAUGUUGAGAUGGCUACUUAUGAUUUAGUUGCUGGAAUCGUUUACCAUAUCACCUUUAAAGCCAGGAAUGCUGAGAAUGAGAAUGAAUGUAGCUCUUUUCAAGCCACUGUGUUUCAUGACAAAUAUAUAAGAGAGGUUAUGUAUAUCAGGAAGAAAGGGAGCCGUAAUUGGUGUGAUGGGAGUCUCAGCGAGGUUGUUAAGACUGAACCUAGUGAGGAGGGGGAAUCAGCUAAUCCUGUUAUCCACCAGGGCAUGAGAGGGCCCCAGCAGCCGUUAUUGGUGUAUUCUAGAAGAAAGGGUAAUAGGGUCCACAAUGAGUAGUUGGUUAGAGUGCCAAGGAGAGAGAAGAUUACAUUUAAUCCAUAUGCACAAUAUAAGGAGCAGAGGAGGGUAAGAGUAUCUUACCUUGGAUUCAGUAUCAUUCUAAGGAGGAAUAGAAAGUAGCUAUGCUCUGUGUCAGAUCUGAGGAUUAUAUUCUCAGUUGCUGUAUUACUUUCAUCAAUAAAAUCAUAAAUAAAGUUCUUAUUUCCUUUCAAUCUUCAUUAUUGUUUCUGUUUUUCUGUAUUUCAUUUUCUGGUUUGUAACAGAGGUGGUUUAGGUUUUGGAUUUCAUGCAGUGAUCACGGUUGUUCUGUGUUGUUGUUGCAGUGAUUGAUGUUGUUAAUUUGUUAUGUUUAAGAUUUGUUGGUAUGGA